CCCCUAGACACUAUAGUAAUCCCAACUUUACAAAUGGGACCUUUUGAUAUUGUGAGCGAUAACACAAUGACCAAAAAGUUCUUGACUUCAGCCGAGAGUAAUUCAAGAAUUCAGUUAACAUCAGACUACUUCAACUUAACAGAAGAAUGCAUGAAAAGUAUUCUUCAGGGGACUGAAGCUUUUUAUAGUAUUCUCAUGGCUCAUCCCAAAGCUAAUGGAUUCCUUGGGGCCAGUGGAUUUGCUGGAGCCAUCCCGGCUGCUUACACACAACUUGUAAAGUUGUUCUUCGAGACGUUACAGAAAGGAAGGCAGAGUAAACGCAUCACCAUGUUCGAGUAUCAGCGACCAAGUUGGGCAUUCCAUGCCAAAGGACUAUGGUAUUACCAACCUUAUCAGUCCGUGCCUUUGCUCACUAUGAUUGGCUCCCCAAACUUUGGUAAGUGUCAAUAUUUUGACACUUGAGAGGUAGGACUGCAUGUCAAGACAGAAAUACAGAACAGAGGUUGUCUGUAGGUUACAGUCUCCAGUUGAAGUCUUUAGUGGAUCUGAAGACAACCCUCAUUGUGGCGACCCAAAGCUUUACCCUCCAGAGAGCACUGCAUCAAGAGCAAGAGCAUUUAUAUGGCAGUUCAAGUCGGGUAACUCAACAAACCUUCACUACUCAAGACCGGCUGGUUCCUUACUGGGUGCGCUUUGUAAUGCCUGUAAUUAAAGUCUUUUUCUAACGAUUCAUCAGCUGUGUUAUAAAGUUUUUAAUGUACAUAUAUUGUUUGCACUUAAGAUAGAAUUUUUAUAUUAAGAAUUCUCUUAAAUUUGUAUUUAUUUAUUUAUUUAUCUGAACAUGAUACAGAGAAGUACAAAGGAAUACAGUUAAGUGCAACAUGCCAAAGCCCCUUGUAUGCAGAGCAUUAUGGGCAGGCUUAAAAUUAACUUAAGAUUAAUUAAGCAAUGAUGUAUUCAGUGGUAAAACAUUAUUGUAAACAGAUAACAAUUAAGCACAAAUGAGUAUUACUAAGACAGGUCAUAUGGUCAUUUUCUGUGUUACUGAGCAUUCAGUAGAAUGGAGUAUUCUGUUAGGUAAUGUAGUUAAAAAAAAACACAGUUUAAUUGGGUCUCAGGUUAAACAUACAUGUAUAUGUGAUACAAUUAUGAGAAAGAUUUAAGAUGUACAAUUUAUAAGAUACAAUUAUUCAGUAUUUAUUUGGUUGUGGGUGAGUAAGUGAUUUUUGAGAAGAAACUUGAAUUUAUAAACAGACAGUGUUUCUUUUAUAUUUACAGGUAAUGAAUUCCAGAUUUUAGGGCCUUUUAUGUGCAUUAAGUUUUUGCAUAGUGUGAGAUGGACACGAGGAACAUCAAAGAGUGAUCUGUGCCUUGUGUUAUGGUCAUGUGUUCUGUUGAGGUUGGUAAGGAGAUGUUUGAGGGGAGGGUUUAUAUCAGUGUUAAGUGUUCUAUGUAUGUAAUAGGUGCAGUAAUAAGUAUGGAUGUUUUGUAUGGUGAGUAGGUUAAGUGUUUUGAAUAUUGGUGGAGUGUGCUGUCUGUAGUGGGAAUUUGUUAUCAUUCUGACUGCAACCUUUUGUUGGGUAAUUAAUGGUCUGAGAUGGUUUAUUGUUGUUGAGCCCCAUGCAUAAAUUCCAUAGGUGAGAUAGGGGUAAAUAAGAGAGUGAUAUAAGGCCAGGAGGGCUGACUGUGGAACAUAGUACUGUAUCUUCGAUAGUAUAUCUAUGGUCUUGGAAAUUUUCUUGGAAAUUUGUUGUACAUGUGUGUAGUGAUACUGCUCCUGUGGGGAGCAGCAGCAGGAUAAUACUGCACCACCUCUCGGGGCCCUUAACAACAACAACAGUUUGGUGUGUGUCAUGGGUGCCAACACAUGGUGUGUGAUUCUCUUCUCUUCUAUCCAUAUAUUAGUGAUGCAGAUUACAUGGUGAGUUUAAAUAUGUGGCCUGUAGUUAUAACUUUUCUCUUGACAUAUGCAAGACAUCACCAUCCCUGUGGAAGCCGUUAUUAGAUGUACUAGUCAUUAUAUUUUGUUGUUGCAGAAGUACUAUGAAGAUUCUAUGUUCAAUAAAGCCUAGAGAUAAGGCCUGUGUUUUCUAUCACAACAAUUUAUUGAACA